GCACAUCGCCACGCCGGUCCCGGGCUCGCGCUCCCACGAACACUGCCUCCGGAACCAACGUGCGAGGAAAGUUGGGUCUGGGGAGCCGGGCUGGGAACUGACCGAGCCGGAAGUGACGCGCGGCCUUGCGCGCAUGCUCCGUCUGGUCCCGGCGCGGUGGGAGCUACCAUGGCGCACAUCACCAUCAACCAGUACCUGCAGCAGGUCUAUGAAGCAAUUGAAACCAGAGAUGGGGAAUCCUUUGCAGAGCUGGUGUCUUUCAAGCAUCCUCAUGUUGCCAACCCACGGCUGCAGUUGGCCUCUCCAGAAGAGAAGUGUCAACAAGUUUUGGAACCCCCUUAUGAUGAAAUGUUUGCAGCUCAUUUAAGGUGCACGUACGCAGUGGGGAACCAUGACUUCAUAGAGGCAUACAAAUGCCAGACUGUCAUCGUCCAAUCAUUCCUGCGGGCAUUUCAGGCCCACAAAGAAGAAAACUGGGCUCUGCCUGUCAUGUAUGCAGUAGCACUUGAUCUUCGAGUAUUUGCCAAUAAUGCAGAUCAGCAGUUGGUUAAGAAAGGAAAAAGCAAAGUUGGGGACAUGUUGGAAAAAGCUGCUGAGUUGUUGAUGAGCUGUUUCCGAGUCUGUGCCAGUGACACUCGUGCUGGUAUAGAGGAUUCUAAGAAGUGGGGAAUGCUAUUUCUGGUGAAUCAGUUAUUCAAGAUUUACUUUAAGAUCAACAAACUCCAUUUGUGUAAACCUCUCAUCAGAGCCAUCGACAGCUCAAAUCUGAAAGAAGAUUAUAGCACAGCACAGAGAGUAACAUACAGGUACUAUGUUGGACGAAAGGCCAUGUUUGAUAGUGACUUUAAACAAGCCGAGGAGUACCUGUCCUUUGCCAUUGAACACUGUCACCGUUUAAGUCAGAAGAACAAAAGGAUGAUUUUGAUAUAUUUACUCCCAGUAAAGAUGCUAUUGGGUCAUAUGCCAACCAUUGAGCUUUUGAAAAAGUAUCAUCUCAUGCAGUUUGCUGAAGUAACCAGAGCUGUAAGUGAAGGCAAUCUCCUUCUAUUGAACGAGGCUCUAGCGAAGCAUGAGACCUUCUUUAUUCGCUGUGGCAUCUUCCUUAUCCUUGAAAAGCUGAAGAUCAUCACCUACAGGAAUCUUUUUAAGAAAGUGUAUUUGUUACUCAAAACACACCAGUUAUCUCUGGAUGCUUUUCUAGUUGCUUUGAAAUUCAUGCAAGUGGAAGACGUGGACAUUGAUGAAGUCCAGUGUAUUCUAGCCAACCUGAUAUACAUGGGUCACAUCAAAGGCUAUAUAUCACAUCAGCAUCAGAAGCUAGUUGUUAGCAAGCAAAAUCCGUUUCCUCCGCUGUCUACAGUGUGUUGAAUGUAUAAACACCUGUUCCUCUGGUGUUUAUCGUACUAAUGAAAUCAGUACUUUGCCAGGACAUUACUUUCUUCAGCUGGAAUCUCUUUGAGGCUCUUCUCUCAAGGAUGUUGAGACUGAGUUCCCUGCAUUCACAGCCACCUUGACAUUCUCUCAUCGCUCAUUACUAAUGUCGACCUCACGGAGACUUGGAAUUUCUUUUUCAAAUGUUGCAGACCCUCCUUUGACUCUGAGCGUUGGAGAAACUUCUGUGAAGGAGGCUCUUCUCCAAGGCAGCUAGAGUUUACUUCUUCUAAGAGUUAUGCACAAGUGCAAUUUUUUAUAUAAUUUUUCUAUAUAAAAGGCAUUCUGAAUUUA